GAAAAACGCCGUUUAAAUCAACUUCAAGACAAUCAUUGAACGAUCAACGAUGGACAAUCUGAGCGACGCAUAUUAUCUCAUCCAACUGAUUGCUCGACAAAUUUUGAUAUUUUUACGAGACUUUAUCUUCCGUGAGUUUACGUGGUUCGCGCCGAUGGAAGAUUUCGAUAACGCGAAUUCGCAGAUACGAGGCGCUCCAUCACAGGAUGCAGCUGCCGACUUUUUUGUAUUUUUCACCGUUUGCGGACUCCUCUUCGCAUUCAUGAUUCUGUCUGCAAAUUCCCCCAAAAAUGAAGUGUCGAAUUACGAUACGAGCAACAUUGAGGCGAUUUCCAUGGCUUUCAAGGAAGAUUUGUCGUCCUAUUGGUAUUCGAGAUCUGUAAGCUCAGAUUUAAUAAAUUGCCAUCAUGCUUGCGGUGAUUCGAUAAGUCUACCAUGCAACAUUAUCCCCAAAAUGCAGAGUAUUUUGCGUCCAACUAUCGCGAAAAGCAGGAUGUCAUCGCGAUCAAAAAAUUUGAAUUACAGCGUGCGGCCCGGCUACUCUCACCAGACGCAAACUGGUCGUCGUGCUUCUCAAACAACAUCCAGGGAAUGGUUGAUAAGACGUACCAGGAGCGGUCAUGUUUAUGGAAAGUAUCCGAUAUAAAAAAGAGGAGAGAAGAGAAGUGUUAAUCGCAUUAACGCAACAAAACGAAAAGAGCAGCGCGUAAUUUAAGACAAUUUGUCAUUUAAUUUAAGAUGAGAAAUAUUAUCCUUGCCUGAGAAAUGUCGCGAUUAUAUAAUAAUUAUAAUCGUUUUUUGAUGAUUAUAGCUAUUUUCCUUGUUGCUAUUUAUAAUGUUUUUUAAUGGUGCGAUGUGCACUAUGAUUGCGCUUCUUUGGAGAAGCUUUUUUAUCAUUUUUUUAUCAAUCUUUGUGUGUCACGUGUAUAUCAUUGGAUGCAAUGUCUGCAUGCGAGAUUAUACGCGUGUUUGUAAUCGACUUAUAACAAAUGUUAAUAAACGCUUUAUUAUAACCAACUAAGUUCUUACUGAUUGGUUCUACAUCUCGUUAAUGGCGAUUAACCCUUAAGGAGUGUGCGUUAUCGGUAGAUAACGACACGUGUGCAAUCACAUAAUAAUUUAUUACACUUGUCUGCAUUGCAUGUCAUAAAGUGGAAGCCGGCUUUAUCUCCGUGGACAGUGUCUUAUAGGAUUAUGUGGAUUAUACGCAAAGAUUGAGUCCGA